AUGACUACCGAUGAUAACUCUGGUGUUGUUGACAUAAACAAACCAUUUCGUUUUGAGGGUAACCACUUUAAAAGAUGGAAACAGAAGAUGUUAUUUUUCCUCACAAUCAAAAAGGUUAACACAGCUCUCACUACUGAUAAGCCUACUGUAUCUGAAAAGGAUGACAACGAUGAAAAAGACAAACAAACUAAGGCUUUAGAUGCUUGGGUCGAAAAUGAUUUUUUAUGCAAAAAUUUCAUUCUCAAUGGUUUAUCUGAUGACUUGUAUGACUAUUAUAAUUCUGACCAAAAUGCUAAGGAAAUCUGGGACGCACUGCAAAAUAAGUAUGACACUGAGGAGGCUGGAACCAAGAAGUACGCUGUCAGUCGCUACCUCAAAUUUCAGAUGAUCGAUGACAAGUCAGUAGAAGCCCAAUCUCAUGAACUUCAGAAAAUCGCUCAUGAAAUAAUUUUUGAAGGUAUGUCUUUAGAUGAACAAUUUCAAGUUGCUGUGAUUAUUGACAAACUGCCCCCUGCGUGGAAAGAUUUUAAAAAAUUUCUUAGGCACAAAACAAAAGGAUUUUCACUAGAAAGUCUGAUCACUCGCCUUCGUAUUGAGGAGGAAGCUCGUAAACAGGACCAGAAAGAAGAAGUGCUUGUUGUAUCCAGCAACAACAACACUAACAAAAGGUCCACUGCGGUUCUGAAACCCAAUGGGAAAAAUUUCAAGAAUCAGAAUCGAAAGCAGAACUCAAACCGCAACAAUCAACCUCGGAACAAUACUCAGAAUUGGAACCAUCAAAAGAAACCAAAACAGACAGCAGCAAAACCCCCCUAA